AUGAGUGAAUCUAGACGAGCAACAAGAAGGGGAGAACAGAAGAUGAAGAAGAAGAAGAAGAAGAAGAAGAAGAAGAUGGAGAGGAAGAAGAAGCAGAAGGGAAUGACUCAAGUUGGUGAAGUUGAAACAGACAAGACAAAGAUGGGGAAUGCAGCAAUCAUGUUAAGCCGCAAACAAGAGCUUGGGCCGGGUAGCGGUACCUCCCGCCCCACGCUAGAUGGUAUGCGGAUCCAGGUCACUUUUAGCGCCCGUGACUUCCAACAUUCUGCCUUGCUGACAACGCAUCCUCAACCCAAUUCGGAAGUGCCCAGAACCUCAACUUCACCGCGCUUUUUAUAUUGA